CAGGAAAGAGGAAAAUAUCAAUCAACAAUAGAAGUAGCAGCGGAGACUCUUUGGUAACAGUUGAGUGCCGGACACGCACUGAUCCCUUUUAUCGACGUUCAUGGACAAACUAAAGAAGGUUUUGAGCGGCCAAGAUGGCAAUGAUGACACUAACGUCUUGGAGGCGGCGAACCGUGCCUCAACUCUGAGCUGGUCUACACGGAUAAAGGGGUUCGCCGUUUGCUUCGUGAUUGGAGGGGUGUGCGCGGUGUUGGGGGUGUGUUUGCUGUUUCUUCCAAAAAUUGGAUUGAUUUUGUUUAUUGUCUUCUACACAUUUGGAAACAUUUGCACUCUGGCCAGCACCAUGUUCCUGCUGGGGCCCCUGAAGCAGCUGAAGACGAUGUGUGAGAAGACCCGGGCCUUCGCCACCAUCCUUAUGCUGCUGUUCCUCGCCUUGACACUUUGCGCGGCCUUCUGGUGGAAGAACUUUUGGCUUGCUUUGGUGUUUUGUAUUUUGCAAGUCAUUUCAUUUGCUUGGUAUGGUCUGUCCUACAUCCCAUUUGCAAGGGAUGCUGUGUUGAAGCUGUUUGCCCUCUGCAUUAAGUGAGGAGGACCCCCCCCCCAUCCUAUGCCUGCUUUUAGGACCAUGAAGGAAGGCUACUUGCGAAAGUUUACAGGUGCCACUCAGACCAACUCCGCCCUCUUAACAAAAUGGCGCCCGUCUGUUACGUCCCAUGCUCCGCUUUGUCCCCAACAUUUUCCAAAGAAACCUUAAAGAAGGCUAAUUGUUGUGGGCAAGUACUAUUUUAAUCACACUGACUGACAGAAGGAAUAGAUCUCUGUCGAGAUGUACCUCUUGCUCGGCCAACCUGUCUCUAGUCAAAUGAACAAAUUUAGUGAAGGACCACUGUUUUGUGUCUAAUUUAGUAUUUAAUGCAGUGUUUCAGUUUUCGUUACUAAGUAUUUA